AUGUCACUGGAAGGGCUGCAGGAGCGGCUGGCUGCUUUGCAGGAGACUACGACUCAGCUAAGAGAAUUAAUCGACCGGCUGGCCAAUGUGGAAUUCGAGCCGGGAUCGGUGCCGCUGAAUAUCGAGGAGGAGGGGAGUGUGAGCGGAGAGCUCAGCGCGGAGGCUGGGUUGAUACUGAAGACUGGGUUGGAGGAUCAACAGCUGCUGUGCGAAGAGGCCAAGUACCUGCGGAGGGGCGGACAUGAGAAGGAGAGGCUUGUGGAUGGCAUUGAGAGGGUGGGGAGUGAACUGGCCAGCUAUCGAUCAACGCUUCGAAAGGCACGAUUAUCAGCAAAGAAGAACCUGGAGCGAGCUCGGAGGCUUGAGAGGGAGCUUAUGGUGCAAUCCUUUGUCGAACCGAUUUCCGAAAUGAACACGUCCGCAGGUGGCGGCAACGAAGAACCACAGGCUGUUGCUCGGCCCAUACGGCAUAACUACAACCAGAAUCGACAAUUACAAUCGAGUCUAUCGGAAGAAGACCGGCAGACGGUCGGGGCAAGCAGCAACGUUACAAAUGCCCUGCGGCGGACACACGCCCUCAUCGCGGCGGAACUAACCAAGAGCGAGUUCGCACAUCAGACACUGACAGAGUCGUCGGCUGCACUAAGGCAGCUAGACGAGUCGUAUACUUCGCUGGAUGGCAUGCUGGCGAGCUCCCGAGACCUGUUGGGCACACUGCUCAGGUCUCAAAAGAGCGACACAUGGUAUCUGCAGACAGCACUGUACAUGCUCAUGGUGACUGCGGGAUGGCUCGUGUUUAGGAGGCUUUUGUACGGGCCUCUGUGGUGGCUUGUGUGGUUGCCGUUGCGGAUAUUGUUUGGGGUUGGCACAAAGGCUGGAAGCGCAGUGAUGCAUAGUCGGAGUCCUGCACAGUCUGGGAAGGCUGGGGUGGUGAUUGAUGGGGAGAUUAGAGUGGACGGACUGCCGGAUGAGAGCCUGCCAACGGCAGUGGUUGGGCGAGACUCGAAAGUGGUGGAGGGGGAUGAUGAGUCUAUGGUUGAGAAGGUGGGCAAGAUUGUGGAUGCUGUGCAGGAAGCGGAUGAAUUGGGUUCGAUACCAGGCGGGCCUGAAGGUGAUCAUGACGACAAGCUAUACGAAGGAGAUGCUGCAGAAGUCGUCGUGGAAGAUUCACGCCCUAGGGAUGAGCUGUGA